AUGGGCCACAGCCAUAGAGGUCAAGGCAACAAGUCCAGGGUCACCGUGCAGUGGCUCUGCGGUGGCCAGCAGCGCGCUCUCAGAGGUGCAGGACAGACGAAGACACCCUUGUGCUCUCAUUGGUCUCUCCCUUCCGCUCAUCCCCGCCUCCUGCGCCUCCUCCGGGAGAUCCCCACCAGACUGAGCCCCGAACAGCACCACGAGGAUAACGACCCAUCCUGUCACUUGGUCGGUCCUCAGCCUUUGGUCUGGGCACUCGCAAUGGAGGUCCUCAUGACCCAACAACCAGAUAAUUGUACCGAAGGGUUAUCAGAUCAGGAAAUGGAAACUGAUGGAGCUUGUGUGGCUUUUCUCAAGGUCGUACAGCCAGUCCCUGGAAAAGCCUGGAUCGGAAUCCAGGUCUACGGGUGCACAGUGCUCACGCCACUGUAUCGUGAGUCAGAGAGAGUUAUAGAUUUUGAAAAGGCAGGUUUAUUAGGUGACAAGGGAAGAUUUAGAAGUCAUCAGAUAGCUCCUUACCAUGUUUCCUUCUUUCUGGCAGCUGCAGCUGUGAAGGUCGAGCUAUGCAGAUUUAGUGGGUACAAGAUCUACCCAGGACACAGGAGGCACUAUGCCACUGUGUGGACCAACGGGAGUUUCCAAUUUCUUAAUGCCAAACACAAGUUAACAUUCCUUUCCAAGAGGAGCCCUCAACAGAUACACUGGACUGUCCUCUGGAGAAGAAAGCACAAAAAGGGACAGCUGGAAGGAAUUCAAAAGAAAAGAACCCACCACGCAGUCAAAUUCCAGAGGGCUUUCACUGGUGCCUCUCUUCAUUGCCAAGAGGAUCAGAAACCUGAAGGCAGGAGAGCUCAAGGAGAACAAGCUAUCAGGGAUGGCACGGCAGCAGAAAAGGCUAAACAAGCACCUAAAGAGACAGCAAUGGCUGCUGCUAAGUCUCCCACAAAGCGUGUGCCUAAGCCAAAGAUUGUGAAGUCUGUGACAUUUUCUGCACCCCGCAUUGGUGGAAAAUGCUAA